AUGCAGCUCUCCAGAAUCCUCUUCGGCUUGGCAACAGUGCCUCUAGCUGCAAGUAGAGCAUUCAACAGGCGGCAGUCUGGCGAGUCGGAUCUCUCGGGCAUUGAGCGCAUCAAUUAUACCUACUUCGGUGGCAAUGAUGGACCGGUCACGGUCGACAUAGGGCUUAAUGCCGGUGGAAGGAACCAAACAGCCCCGAUGCUGUAUGGAUGGAUGUUCGAGGAUAUCAGCCAUAGCGGCGAUGGCGGUAUCUAUGCUGAGGCCAUUCGCAAUAGAGCGUUCCAAGGCUCUGACCGCGAGAACCCUGGCCUUCCUUUCGGUCCUUCUCUUGACGGAUACUAUCCAGUAGGCAAUGUUACGCUCAGACUGAGCCGUAUGCAGCCGCUCUCGGAUGCACUACCUGUUGUCUUGGAGAUGGAGAUCGACCCAAGUGCAGAGGGUGAGGUCGGCUUCUUCAAUGAAGGCUGGUGGGGCAUCAAUAUCGAGCCGGGCACGUACAACGCCUCCUUCUAUGCCAAAGGAAAUGGAGCCAAAAUGAAUGGGACCCUAUCCGCUGUCGACGUCUCAUUGCGAUCGAAUCUGACCGACGAUGUUUGGGCCGAAGAGUCUAUUGAGCUGACAUCCGAGCGCAACAUCAGCUACUUCGAUUGGACACGGUUCGAAACGCAGCUCACCGUGACCGAGACGGCACCAAACUCGAACAAUUCGUUCUAUAUCACAUUCAAUGCCUCCGAGGUUGCCGGAGACGUCUUUUACUUCAGUCUGAUCAGUCUCUUCCCUGAGACCUACAAGGGUCGGCAGAACGGCAUAAGACGAGAUCUUGGUCAGGUUGUCGAGGACCUCGGGACUCGAUUCUUACGCUUUCCAGGUGGCAACAACCUUGAAGGCGAAUCUAUCGAUCAACGCUGGAAAUGGAACGAGACUCUAGGGCCACUUAUUGACCGCCGUGGCCGAGUUGGCAAUUGGGGGUACUACAACACAGAUGGGCUUGGCCUGAUGGAAUAUCUUUACUUCUGCGAAGAUGUCGGUAUGGAGCCGAUUCUUGGCGUCUAUGCAGGCUACUCUCUCGACAAUUACGGCGCUGGCGAGACCUCUUUCCCCGAAGACCAGAUGUAUCUUGUGCUAGAAGAUAUUCUCAACGAGCUAGAAUUCAUCACUGGCAAUACCAGUACCACCUGGGGUGCAUACCGGGCCGAGCUCGGUCACCCGGAGCCGUUCGUGCUCAAUUUUGUCGAGAUUGGUAACGAGGACUGGUUCAGCAGCAGCUACGGUUAUCGCUUUCCUUACCUAUAUCAGGGCAUUAAGGAUGCUCACCCGAAUCUGACGUUGAUAUCGUCGGCGUAUGACGAGAGAGACUACAACCUCAGCAUACCGGCAGGUGCUAUCUGGGACACCCAUCAUUACGAAGAACCGUCGUACUUCCUUACGAAUUUCGACUUCUACGACAACUGGCAGGAGGAAACAGGUAAUGAAGGUGUCGGCGUGUUCAUUGGCGAAUACUCGGUCUUCCAGAUCGACACUCCUGACGGCGAGGUUAAUUUUAGCCGUCCGGCCGACAUCCACAUCGAGUACCCACAGCUUCUGUCCAUCAUCGGCGAGGGCGUGUAUCUACUUGGCGCGGAGAGGAACCCCGACGUCGUGCGUCUCUCGGGCUAUGCUCCCAGCUUCUGCAAUCUUAACAGCGUUGACUGGGAUCCUGACCUGGUCUCGUUUACGGCCAACUACAACGAGACGGUGCUCUCGGCGAGCUACUACCUGCAGCAGCUAUUCGCUCACUAUCACGGGACCGAGACUCUGCCUGUGACAAACCCGGAAGGCGAUUUCAAUCCACUGUGGUGGAGUGCUUCCAUAGACACUGGCUCAAAUGCGGUAUACUUCAAGGUCAUCAACAGUGGCAAUAGCAGUGUGGCACUGACCAUCGACAUCGGCGCAGAUUACACAGGGGUCAAUGGGACCAUCUUGGUAUGUACACCUCCAUCAAUGCUCCUGGAAACCUUGAUUGACGAUAUGAGCAGACCGCACCCAGCUUAG